GAGGCCGUGUCCCACAGACUCUGGCACCAUGAACAUAUUUGAUCGAAAGAUCAACUUUGAUGCUCUCUUAAAAUUUUCCCACAUAACCCCCUCAACACAGCAGCACCUGAAGAAGGUCUAUGCCAGUUUUGCACUUUGCAUGUUUGUGGCGGCUGCAGGGGCCUACGUUCAUGUGGUCACUCACUUCAUUCAGGCUGGCCUGCUCUCCGCGCUGGGCUCCCUGGGGUUGAUGAUUUGGCUGAUGACAACACCUCAUAGCCAUGAAACUGAGCAAAAAAGACUGGGACUUCUUGCUGGUUUUGCUUUUCUUACAGGAGUUGGCCUGGGCCCUGCCCUGGAGUUAUGCAUUUCUAUCAACCCCAGCAUCCUUCCCACUGCUUUCAUGGGCACAGCAAUGAUCUUCACCUGCUUCACCCUGAGCGCACUCUAUGCCAGACGCCGUACCUACCUCUUCCUAGGAGGUGUCUUGAUGUCAGCUUUGAGCCUGUUGGUCUUGUCCUCCCUGGGCAACCUUUUCUUUGGAUCCAUUUGGCUCUUCCAGGCAAACUUGUAUAUGGGGCUGGUAGUGAUGUGUGGCUUCGUCCUUUUUGAUACUCAACUCAUUAUUGAAAAGGCUGAAAAUGGAGACAAGGAUUAUAUCUGGCACUGUGUUGACCUCUUCCUGGAUUUUGUUACUCUAUUCAAAAAACUCAUGAUGAUCCUGGCUAUGAAUGAGAAGGACAAGAAGAAGAAGAAGUAAAAUGACCACCCAGCCUUUCCCAACUCGACUUCUCUCCUACCACCCUUCAUUUCCUCUUUGCACACAUUACAGGUGGCGUGUUCUGUGAUAAUGAAAAGCAUCAGAAAA